UUAGAUGACGCGGUACACAUACAGUCGUGCACGUGCGCGUGUGCGCGCGACGGAUAAGAGAGGUGAAGCAUCGCAGGAGGUGUGAGGCUCACUAUGCCAGGCUGCCCGCCGCUGUGCGUCUGCGCCUCAGACCCGGCGAACCUCCGCCUCUCAUGGUUCUUCUCCCGGUCUCAGUCAGCGGACCAUGCGGCUCUUCACCGUCUCUACUCUGCUCCUGGUUUUCUCCAGCUCAGGGCUGGCUCUGCAGAUCCAGUGCUACCAGUGUGAGGAGAUGACACACGACUGCUCCACGCCAGAGUUCAUCGUUAACUGCACGGUGAACGUGCAGGACAUGUGCCAGAAGGAGGUUCUGGUCAAGGAUGAUGGUAUACACUACCGCAAGUCCUGCGCCUCGUCAGGAGCCUGUCUUAUCGCUUCUUCUGGUUACCAGCAGUUCUGCACCGGCAAGCUCAACUCUGUUUGCAUCACGUGCUGUAACACACCGCUGUGUAAUGGACCGCGGCAGAAGAAACGUCCCCAACCGUCAGCCGCCGUUGCCCUGACCACGCCCCAGCUCCUUGUGUUUUCUCUCUACAUCCUCGUCCUACUGUCCUCCACCCUGUGCUGACACACCUUCACACGCUGAGUAAAGAUGUGUAUUGAGAGUGGAGACAACACAAACUGGAACUGUAUUGCCUGAGACAGAGAAGAAAACAUACUGUGAAAUGUAUGUUCUUUGAUGCGUGUGGUACAGUCUUUGUUCUCUUUUUGUUGCAGCUUGCCUCCAAAGGUCAAAUUGGGACAUUUUAUCAUCAUGUGCCACAAAUAUGAUCAUGGUGCAGCUGCAAGGGCAGCUGGGUAAGGUGAGGUGGAGGACAGUGCCGUGGAUGGAACAGCUUCUGGCUGUUUUGUUGGGCAGCGGGUGGCUCAUUCGCAUCUGUCUUUGUUUACUUACACUACAAGGUUAAAAACGACAUAUUGCAAGAAAGAUACUAAGUUUAGAUUCAUCAUUCAUUUUCUGAGCCUUAGGAAAAGCUCUCACAGAUAUAUAUCUGAUUUAUGAUGAUGUAUUCUAAAUCAAUACGUUCCCUGGAACAAUCGCCAAUUUUGCUGUAGGCCUAUUGACGAACUGAAAAAGACAAUGCAUGAUAUGUAUGACAAUGAUACUGUUGUUUGAUUCUGGAAAGAAAAAUGCAGUCAGGAUAAAAAGGUAUUGGAUGAAGAAAAACAUGCUAGUCAUUAUAUUAAAGCCACAUACAGCCCUUAAACCCCUCACAGAUACGUCUUAUUAGUGGAGGCCAUAAAAAGUUCUGUUUUUAUCCUGAAACUUUCCUCCACUGUAACAACCAUUGCUGUCUGCACACAAAUAAUGUACAUAAAGCUAGCACGUUGAAAUACACAAACCUUUUUCAAACUACUUACCACAUACCCACUGCAUCUUUAACGGCUGAAAUUAGAGCAGUUUGCAUUGUUGUGGAGCACCAGCAGUGCAGUGAGCGUGUGGUACGAUGACGGGCAUCUAGACAUCUACCCUAACUCCUGAUGGACUCAGCCAACUUUUUAGAAAGAGCUCUGAAGUAAUCCUUAAAGAUAUGCUAGUUCCCUCCGAUUGGGGAAUAUGUCGUAUGGUAAGGCAUCCGUAUGCAUACCUUAACAGAUUAUUUCAAAGCCAAAUAUAUUAUAACAAGACUUAAUGUGAUGUGCUAUUUAAGAAGUUGGUGAUGUCAAUCAAAAUGUAAUAUUUAGUUGCUUUACAGUAGAGGUUUGGAGGUGCCCUGAACAUUUAAGGUGCCCUGUGGAGUUUUGUGUGUGUGUGUGUGUGUGUGUGUGUGUGUGUGUGUGUCCUCGAGGUCUAACUAACAUUUGGAGAUUUUUCAGACCUACAUUGCUAACAUCUAUGUCUAUACCAGCUAACCGUCCUCCUCUGCCCCAUCUUUGCUAACGCAUUGCUAAGUUUCUGGCUUUAGUGCCACCAGCUGGCAGUGAGUGGAACAGCAUGAAGCAGCAGGACAUCACAUACAGUAGCUUUCAUGUCAUGAAUGGAUGUACGGUAUUAAAAGAACUGAAAACCAAAUUGUUCUAAGAUGGCCCCCAGGUUCAUAUUAAAGUAUGUUUAUCUUAUUACACGCAUUGUUGAAUACCUGAUUCUGAUUUGUCAAUCCCGGCAUUUUACGGUGUGCUAUUCCUAUAUAACAGACCGUUGCUAAGUAUAUCAGACCGAUGCCAUGGACGGAGUUCUGUUCAAAGACUCUGGCGGACCAUUUUUAAAUUAAUAAAAUCAUUUUUUAAAAUCAAUAUUUGUGCUCAUGCCGCUGAACAGCGGAUCACAAAGGCAGAGGGAGGGUGGAGGAAAUGGGGAUCGCUAACAGCGCUAAUGGCAAGCCUUAGUUAGCUCCAUGGUUAGCUCACUCACCAGGGAGACCUGGCUUCUGCCGGAGAGCCGUACUCAUCAGCGGUAAAGUUUGUCCUGACCGGGAAGCAGGCGCUAUCAGCUGGUAACCUCUGUAUGAGUAACCGUGCAUAAUAAACUGUGUAAUAAGCGUGAUAAUGUGGAGCGAGCCGGUCAUCGAUGCGAAUUGAACCCCUUCAGGCUGAUUCAAGACCCCUCCACUUUGCGUUGAGGUCCUGCAUCACCCUGUUGGGGUUCUAAUUUAGAAUAAUGACAUAAUGAUGAAUGACAAUUUAAUUCAAGCCACAAUGUUUACCUAAACUUAACUAAGUACCUUUUUGAACUUAACACUGAUUAUUACCAAAUGAAAUCUGUUUGUGUCUAAACCUAACCAAACCUUAGCCUUGUCACACCAUAAAACAGAUUUAUUUUAUAACAAUGAUUUAAAACAGUUUUGGAAAGCACCCAUGAUGUUGUCCUGCUGAUAGGGGUGUCAGAUCAGAAAAUGCUUCCAUGGGCAUGGAUGAACAACGUAUUUUGUCAUCUGAUUUGGAAAAGCUGCUGUCACAUUGUCACUCUUACAGUGUUUAAUGAAUGAACUAUCCAACAACAACAUGCAGGAUACAACUACUUUAUUUUUUUAUGUUAGUUAACAUAUUAACCUCAUGCACAUGGAGACAUUUACACCAUUGGGACAUGUGAUUGGUUAUUUAAGGCAUAGAAAAACACACUUCAUUCCAGUGAAAGUUGCUCACUGGGUGCAUACACUGGAAAAGUGUUAUUAACUUACUCGGGCUGCUGCACUUUUUGGCCCAUUGAGCAUAAUGACUUCCUGCUGGUUUCCUGAAAUUAUUUACUUAUAUAUUUGAAAUGUGAUGAACCUAAAGGCUCAAAUUCUGAUGAUAUAAAGAGUGAUUCUGGAGUAUUGUAAUUAUCAUUUUACAUUCCUUUGCUUUUGUAAUGAAUGUGUAUAGGCAAAAGUAUUAUUGGGCCAGUGCCCGUCAUGUGACCUGCUAUUUCAACUGUGGCCACUAAGCCAAAAUCGCCUUACAGCUCAGUGCUGUUCCUGGGAGCUUGUUGGAUGCACAUUUGCAAUUUCACCCUCUGCAGUCAACAAGAUAUACAUGUGUUGUAUUUGAGUGUAUACAUGUCAUGUGAUGUUUGCCCACGAGAUGCAAACAUCAUAAGACCCGCACACCAAAACACUGUGGGUCUUCAUUGCCUGAUAGCAGACAGAAUUGUCAACUUGUUACUCUUCAGUCUGACAUUGCCUCCACUCUAACCGAUUUUUUUAUCGCGGUCCAGGAUUACAUUUUUUCCUAACCAAUCAGUAGUCGACACUGAUGCUAAACCAAUCCAACAUACUGGUUUUGCCGUUGUUAUUAAGUGAAAUUCUGCCAAUUUUCAACCAGCUUUGUGUCAUUGCAGUGUGGGCAGUGUGUGCAGAUAAACGGUGUGUCCCUCUGUGUUGCCAGCACGCCCUCAGCUCCCCACUUACUCACUGGCGGGGGUCUGCUGGUUAACACAACGCAGACCUUUCCACCUGCAUGUACUAAUACAGUAUAAUAUAGAGCUGGUUGAGGAUCGGCAAAGUUUUCCUUUAAUGGAGCGAAGCAACAACAAACUACGAUGUUGGGAGAUAUUGUAAGACAAGUCUGUAAACACAGCUUGACAACACUUUAAACAGCGUUAGUCCCACCCCUGGUGCUGAUUGGGUCAUCGUUAAUACCCCAGUGGCGCUCGUUGGAUCGACAGUUUUUCAAUCGACAAACCGCCACUUCAUGUCACAAUGCCAGACAAAUCAGUCAACUGGGGGAUGUGGGCAGAAUCAAAGGUCUGGACCCAGGCAAGGGUCUUCAUGCUAACUGAAUAUUUGAGCUUUUUGUGUUUAUCAUUUUCUGACUUGACAACUAUUUCAUACUUGAGUCCCCCCAUGAAGCUUGCUAUUGUGCCAAAUUGUCAGCUGAUUGUGAUCUGUUAGUGAAAUUCUGGAAUUAACACUUUGUACUGUGUUUACUGUGUAUAAGGAAUGUCUCUUUAUUCGUUUCUGAUGGCACGGCACAAGCAUCCCUUGAGACUUGUUUUUACUGUUCACUUUGUUGCAUUAAAUUGUACAGCACAUUAUACUUCA